CCACUUCCAUUAAUGGCGCUCCGUCGCAGGGUCGGCUUUCGAUAUUCUUUUAUCUGCGGUAACAUGGCCGCUAAUUCUUGGGUGGAAAAUACCAAUCGAGAUUGUGUGUGGGGAAUACCCGCAACCUAAAUACCUCCGAAACCUGAACAGUGUGUAUUGGGGUGAUUUGGUGAUAGUUUUGCUAAACUGCCUCACUCAUACAACCCCUCGCUGAAGGAACUGGUUAGCACGUAUCCAAAAACUAUGCAAAUAAAGUGCCGGACGUGUAACAGAUAAGCGCUACACAACGCUUAACUUCGUCAAUUGGAAGAUGAAGGAGAUGAAAAUCAAAAUGGUGGAGUUAGCGUGAAUUUAUGCUUGCUUCCACGAGUGACGAGAUGGGUUAGUUUAAAAAUAAACUCAAACAGUUCUUUUUAGCCUCUGUGCCUUUGCUUGGGCACAUUCGGUACGCAUUAUAAACUUGUUCGUGCAGAUUGUCGAUUGCAACUUUUUGUUAUUGCAACCAUUUUGUUGUGGCGCAGCACAAGGCAAAAGCGAUGAUCGUUAAUUAAGGUUGCCUUUUGGAAGAAUUUAAUGAUGUUGCAACUUUUGUUAAGCUGCAUAAAGAAACGGCAAGCGACACAGUUUUCUGGGGGGAUUUUUCUACUAUAUCGUAGAAUUCUUGCGCACGAUGACCUUCGUCUGAUCUUAUCAUAAGCUGUAUGUGGUUUGCUCUGGUAGUGUUUGUGCUCAUACCUAACUCCAGUGUUUUUAUGAUGUGUAGAAGCAGUGAAAGCACUUGAAGUUGAUGUUUGCGAAACAUGGUCUGUUUGCUGUGAGAUCGUUCCUUUUGCUGUUUGAACAGAAUGGAGAGUAAUGUGUUCCUUUUUUUUUUGCUCCUUUCGUUGUGUUUACCGACCAACUCGAUGUUGGUGUUUUUCUUUUCUGUUAGCGCUGUUGUUGCAGCUGAUAAAUAUAUCGAUGUGAUUCUAUUCGGUUAAACACUGAACAGCGCAUCUGGCAUCGACGUGAGUGACAUGAGUUUAAAUAUGGAAAAUGAUUUAAGAUGAGAUAGGAAACGAGUGCAAUGAACUUUAAAUGCGUAGAACGAUAUUGCACGAUCACGCAAACAAUGGCGAGAAGAUCUUUUUUUUCGGAAACAUUAGUACAUUAAUUAUUAAGACAUUUAAUAUUGUGUUAAUUGGUUCUAAAUUUGUGAGAACAAAAGACAUUUGACAAAAAACAAUUAUAGAAAAAAUCUAAUUAAAUAUAUUAGAAAUAGUUUUAAAAAGGUACGAAUGAAUAUAGUGAGAUACGUUGCACACGAUUUCUUUAUUGCAAUUCCACUGUAAAUUUUUUUUUUUAUAAGCGUCGCAAUAGAUAGAGAUGCCAGUAAAAGACGCUCCUUGAGUCAUUGCAAUCCGGAGCGAUUCAUCGGCGUACGUGUUUUAAUUGAGUUUUAUUGAGCCGGUCGUUAUCAAGCCGUACCGACGUACAAACGUACAAACACAGCAGACAAGUGAGAAGCGCGACACGAUCGACCAGUAAAAGUGAUUGAAACAGAUUAAGCGUUCGCACUUCAAUAUCAGCGUCUAUGAAUUGUUGAUUUUACUGACACAUUAGCAAAAUGUUUAUUUUUUCCCUUUCCUGAUAUAGUUUAGCGUGAAGAAGAACUGAUAAUGUUAAGAAACAUGGUAACGAAACACGGAAGGUCUCGUGGUUUCCCAACACACCUAGUAGUGCUUUUUCCUUUAAUAAUAGUUUUCAUAUUUUUACCUUUUUUGUGGACAUAACAUUUUAAUGACAAUAUGACGUUUUGUAAACAUUACGCAAUUUAUGUUUACAUGAGUUAGUUUUACUUUCACUCUAAGCGUCGCAGUACUUGUGAAGGUUUUGUUUCCAUGUAGGGCAGCAAUUGCCGUUGCGAUUAACCGUGAGCUUCUUGUCAGCAUUGUAAAGUAAAGAUAGACACAGGGACGUUUUGGAGAACAUGGCUUUUAGGAUCGCGUCAUGUACUGCAACAUAAACGGCCAUGGUACACGACAAGACUAGAGAAUGCGAUUUUGCAAUAUGGUUUUGGUCGACAUCGUGUAGGAAACUGCUAACCGACCAAAAACUGCUACUGAAUUUUACAAUUGCCAGACUCUCAGCUUAAGCCACAAUUCAGUAGAAGAUCUACCGGAUCUUCGUUCUACGAAACAUAGAGCAUUCUACGAAACAUGGAACAUUUAAAACAAACAUAACUGUAUACGGUUUGAGGUCUAUAAACUUUUCAAAAAUAAAUCUAUGGCAUUAUAAAAAGUUAGCAUUAAUGUAAUUGUUAUUGGAGAUGAGAUGGUCAGCCAGAACAACGUUGCAACGUUCCAAGGAGAUGGUAAUUGGAAGGAAGAAUGCUCAGAGUUUACGGUGGGAGGAUAGAGCUUCUAAGUACGCUUUAGCUGGUGUCACAAGAUGUUCAUCUAUAAACCUUCUUUGUUACCCUUUGGUUCGGUUUAGUAGCUCAUAAUAGAAAAUGGCUAGCUUGUCCCACUUAAUACACAUUAUGAUCUUCACGUUGAAUAUUCGAUUUAUUUGUCAAUGAAAUGCAUGGCCUGAGCUUCAGUUAAUUGCAACCCAACAAACAUGGUACUGGACGUCUAUUUACCGUAGUACCUCAAAGUAAUCAUUUUCUUUUCGGACCAUUCUCAUUGCAUUUUACUAAUGGUAGGAUGGGUAAUGACCCAAAGUUUUUGGAGAAUUUUUGUUGCAUUUGUUAAGGAUUUUCGUCGAUAUUAGUCUUCAGUUAGUCGUCUCUAAACUUAAGUGGAAUUGCAGAUUGUUGUGAUCGUUUAUUUCCGUAACUACAAAGCUACUCUAUUGCUUUAGGUGCUAAGUUGCAGGAAGACCAUGGAACAGUGUCAUCAGUUUGUACUUCAGUUUAAAAUUUAAAGCAUGUGUUAAAUCUCUUUCUGUUCCACCUGAACUCUUUUUGCUCCACAUGAAGCUGAUAGUUCGGGUAACCUGUUUCUUUACAAUAUAUUCCGUGUUGAAGUUAUCAUUUCUAGAGUGCACUCUGUUGUCCACAUUUAAGGGAAACGGCAGAAAUUUAAAUAGAAUUCAUAUAGUACACUAAUAUCGACAUCUUGCAUUAUCAAAUCUCUACAAACUGAUUGAUGCACCUAGAAUGACAAUGGAUCCAUUAAAGUUAUGUUUGAUUGUUCUCUUUCUGUCUCGUUACAGCAAUCAUUGGCAAUAAACACAAAGCAAUAAUACAAAAUGAAUGAUCUCACCUGCCUGAAGUCCCUCAGGACGGUACUGAGGGACCUAGACGUCUACGAUGUGUUGCAAGACUUUAUACACCACCGUGUGUUCAACAAUGAGGAAUGCAUCGAGAUUACAAACGAACCGGAUGAAACGUUUAGACUGGAUCUGAUGUUCAUGACGCUGGAAGUAAAGCAGCGUCGCGACCCGCAAAUAGUGGCCCGGUUUAUGGAUGCACUGCGGAACUACUAUGACUGGAUCGUAGAAAAAUGGGAAAUGUAUCGCAACACGGUGACGAAGGAUUACAAUCAGUAUUUGUCGUACAGGAAUGAAUCGUUCAUGCCAUCACAGGCUUCGAUUGGUGUGUAUAGGAAGAAUUUACGAUGGACAAUACACAAACACCUGAUGUCGCUGCGUCACGGUGCAUCGGAACAUCGGUAUCUGUUCAUCAAUGGCAAGAUCGGCACCGGGAAACAGACGCUCGUUUGUCAGGCCUGCGAAGACCUGACGGUAGUGGUGCGCAUGAACUAUAAAAUCUUCUACCUGGAUCUGGCUUACUGCAACACCAAGGAAGCUACGUUGGAAAUGUUAGAAAAAUUACGUGUCCAACUUGGGGAUGCAGUUAAGCAGGAAGAGCGUAGCAACAAUUACAGCUAUCCUUCGAACAAAAUCGACUACUGGAAGCGCACCUUUACCCAAGCGUUCGAGAAGGAACUCUCGGAAAGUUUGCUAGUACUGGCACACGUGCGCUAUGCCGAACUGAUAAAAGAUUUCGAUUUCAAGUGUAAAACCGUUGUGAUCACAAGCAACAAGGAUGUGGUACACGAGGUAAGCGAAUCGGAACGAUUCGUGGUGGAACUCCCGCAAGGUUUCACCGAGGACGAAGGGCUGGAACUGUUUGCGAAGGCACUGAAAAAGAAAAACACCAUGUUACCACCGGAAGCAACGGAACUCUGUCGUGCGUGUCAGGGUAAUCCAUUUCUCAUCAAUCUGAUCGCACUGCGGAUGAAUGAGGAAUGCAAAAAUGAGGUACCAAUCAACUGGCAGCAACACAUCGACAAUCUGCAGAACUUUAGCAUUGGUAGAUCGGAAAGAGUUUCGCGAACGAUCGCUUCUACGUUGGAACAGUUCACCGAGGAGGAGCAACAAUGUUUUCACGAUUUGGUGAUCUUCCGGGACAACGUGCCACUAUCGCCUCGCGUGCUGGAGAUGUACUGGGGGAAGGAUAAGGAGACGACCGAAUGUUUCCUGUCGAAGUUGGAACGGCGCGGUCUGCUGGAGAAGCGUGUCUGUAAGAAUAAGAUGUUUUAUAUGAUGCAAUACAUUUGCUAUAACGAUAUCAUGCAUCCACCGGGCUCAGAUAUGACCAAACUUCAUCGUCGUCUGCUAAAAAACUAUAGCAUACGCGAGAAUCUCACCAACCGUAGGGAGCUAGAACUGACCAACGAGUUCCCAAAUGAUGACUACUUUUACUUCUACAUUGGGUACCACAUCGAUCAGGCCGUUGAGCAUGAUUUGUUCCCCGAGCUUUAUCAAGACUUUGGCUUUCUGGAGCAAAAGCUGCGCAUCGCUGGGCUGGCAAAUACGGUCGGCGAUCUGCGCAAAUAUCAGGACAAGAUUUUUCCACACGUCGAUGAUGAAGAAGCCAUCAUUGACACGCUAAUUGAGUUUCUGAUGGUGGGCGAAUGUUUACUGUCGGAUGAUUCACGACUUCUGCAGAGGGCGUUAAAUUUCCCGGGAGAAAUCGGUAACAUGGCGAGGGUGCAGGUGGAGAAGUUUAAAAACCGUCUCUGGUUCUGUGAUGUGUCUCAUGGGUUUGAAUCAUCGGUCAUUAAACUUUGCCAUCGUCCGGAUAUGGUGCGUUUGCAGGAUUCAACCCAUGUGUUCGUGUCACUGGCGAACAAUGAUAUCCAGCUGUGGAAUCUCUCAGUAGACUACGAUGUGCCACCGAUGACGUUCAAGGGCUGCCAGGGUGAACAGAUCAAGGACAUGCAGAAGACGGACCAAUUUUUGGUGGCUCUCAACAGACGGGGUUUGAUUAAGGUGUGGUCGACUAAAAAUCCACCCGAUCGGCCCGACUAUCGUGUGCGCGAUGCUACACCGCGUGAAGCCGAAAUGACACUAUCGAUAACGGGCGGAUUUAGCUGUUUCUGCGUGUUGAAGCAAAGCAAACACACGGAACUGAUCGCGAUCAGUCAUAUGGGGUUGCUGUGCGUGUACAAGGUGUACAAUAUUGUGUUCCGCACGGAAAAGCCAGACAUUAAACACCAAACGGACAUACGGAAUGCGUACAUUUUGCUACCGUUGCGAGAUUUCAAUAACGGUGAUGGUGGUGGCGCUAUCAGACGCUGUCUGUUUCUGGUGGUGGUUGGAAACGUACCGAUGGGGAUUGUUUUCAACAUGAUGUCGACCAGCAUCGAGUCAAGGUUCGUCGAGCCGGUAGCGCUUAAUGUCCAUCAGCUGCCGGAAGGAUUUCUCUUCGUUAAUGAAAGUCAGGUGCGUUUGCGGGCACUGCAACCGUACGGACUGGAUGAGGCAAAAGUCGUGUACGAGAUCAAACAUUCCGUCAACACGUGCAGCGUAGUGACGGAGGACAAGCGGUUCCUGGUGCUCGGUACACAGCGAGGCAUUUCCAUCAUCAACAUCAGCGAAGGUGUCGAGGUACGGCGCAUGAACAAUAGCCACUCGAUCGUCGAUCUGGACGUGUUGAUGAUGGAAGCAACUUUGUCCCACGUGCUGCUGGCGUCCAUCUCGAAGGAUGGGGAGAAUGCGAUGAAUAUGUACAGCUUAUCGCUGGACACAUCGAAUCAGUAUCAGCUGGAAGGUACCACAGUGUUUCUCGCUAGUCUGGAGGAUGAUCCGGUCCUGCUGAAUACCGUCGAUCGGCACUGCCGAUUGCAGCAGACUUUGCUGCAAAAUAAUGAAUGGGGUGUGCCGCACCAAAAAACGUUCAUCAAUGACAACAUCAACGCACCCGUACUGUGUCUAAUCAAAACACCAUCCGCGUACUAUUUUGGGCUUGAAAAUGGCAAACUGCUGAAGCUGUCCGAGUGGCACAGCGACGCGACGAUGGUGAACGUGGCCGAGCUCGGUACGGAGGUAACAUAUUUGGAUCAUUUUGAACGCGCCAUGGAAUCGGGGAAGGUGGAAAUUUUGGUGGUAGCAGGCAAAGGUAUCUGCAAAAUCUACGUAAACGAAUUUGAGGAAAUUGAACUAACCGAUACGGUACGGAAGUGUUACAUGCUUUACGAUCGUUUUCUGCUGCUCAUUGGUGAUCGUUGUUCGAUACAGAUAUACGAUUUGGAACACAGAUCGCUGGAAUUAGUACAAAAAGAAAUCGAACGUUCGUAUGGUGCUUCCGCUUACCAGCUACUGCCAAGAUCGGCACUCAUACUGUGCACAGCCGAUGGCAUCGUUUACCAUCUCGGGUUGCAUCAGUCCGCAAUUGAAUCGUUCGACUUGGCACCGUUCGACGAGAUGCUAACGGUGAAACCGGCCCAAAGCAAACACACUCUGUCCGGUACCGGUACUACCACCAACGUGAUCUGCAGCUGUGCCUUAUCGGCGGACGGAGAGUUCCUGGCGGUCGGGUGCACCGAUGGCCGGAUCAUACUGCAACAACUUCUGGAUCCCAUCCGGCAGCUGGGUGUGCUGGAAUCGCACCAGUUUCCGGUGGCAGAGUUGUACUUUAGCAGCUGGAACGAACCGGGCGCACCACACAUUUUGGUUAGCGUCGGUGAUCUGAUCGUUUUCUGGAGCGUCGACAGUUUGGUUAACAAUCAACCGCGCAAGAGCGUAUCAAGCAUACGGCUGUCGGGUCGGUUUACUCCUCGCAAAACGGCGGAUUCAUCGAACGAUAAUCGUCGUUCGUACGGUAGCAAUCAGUCCGGCUUUUCCACACCGAUCGUGGGCAGUCCGGUGCAGAAAAGUUUCCUAGGCGAUCGGUUCGAGGAGUCGGCCCACUGGUGCAAUAAGCGUGGCUCUUACAGUAAACCGCACCUGCUGUCGUGCAUCAAGCUAAUAGGACAUGCGAAGCGAUUGAUCAUGAACCGAGAGUUUAAUAAAUUUCUCACCAUGGACGAUGAGGGUUACAUUCACUAUUUACGAUUUUAUCGUCCAUCCUCGAACCAGCUGCUGUUUCCACCGCCCGCCACCUUCGCGAUGCGGCCAACCAUCGUACCGACGAUGAUCGCACCGCUGGAUAGCAGCAGUAGCGCCAGUAGCAAUUCGCGUGCCGUCCAUCUUAUAUGACGGUUGUUAGCAAACGAACGAAACCUGCGGGUUGGCUGCUGUUACAUCCUAUUGUACAUACUGUACACUGCCUUUUUACGGUAAAUAAGAACCAGUAAAACGUUACUAUAUCGGGCAAUGCAACGCUACUCGUGUAACGGCGUUUGUUCGUUUGCUAGUGAAUAGGAAUUCAUUUGUUUGUUUGUUUGUGUGUCGUGUUUCUACUACCACUUAAUAGCGUCCAACUAUCCCUCCUUUAACUGUGCCAAAGUAGCGUACAAGGGUUUGGCUUACACAGUCUUUCAUAGCCAUUUAAGCUUUACUCUUUGAGCAAAGCGUGUACACGACGCGCAAAAGACAAAAUCAACCAAUCGCACACAUUAAGGGAAAUCGUUCCGCAAGCAUGUGAUAGCGGGAAAAUCGAAUAGUUUCGGAUUAGAUGAAUAUUUCAUAAGGAAAGAUAGCGAAGCCACGUUUUAAUAGUAAUAGUAAUUUGUCGAUUAUCGAAUAUUCUAAUAAUUAGGUACAAUGCAUGACUGAGACGGUGGUCGUAGAAUAGCAGAAAUGUGUGUAUAAGACUUUCGAACGCAUUUUUACCGAUUGUACAGAUUUUAGCCUAAUCUUCGCUCAUCCUUUAAUGUGCUAGAAGUUAGUACAUUAAAGCCAGGCUGCGGUUGCCUGUGCCGGAAAGUGUUACUUGCGAUAGUAGAUAAUGUACGACACGUUUAUAACAUUCCUUAGAUGUAAGAUUGAAUUUAUGAAAGGUUUUUUUUUUACUUAAUAGCAUACCCAACGAGAUAAAAUAAAUUCUACGAAUGUUUAAUACAAACAA